AUGGCCGUACGGCAGGAUUCAUCAACAACCGCAGCUCCUGCAGAAAUAAACCAGAAAAAGGUACCAGGCUAUGUUGUUCACCCUGCAUUUGGUACCUAUCCUUUCGAAUUCGCAAAAACGAGUGUCCAGCUACAAGGCAAUGAUGGGUCCAGAAAUCCCAUAAAAGUCAUUCUCAACGUCACCCGGUCGCACGGCAUCUUGGCUGUAUACUCAGGAUGCGGCUCCCUUGUCAUAGGGUGCGUCGGCAAAGCUGCAGUCCGCUUUUUAACUUUCGACACCACCAAGGCCCAGCUUAGAAAUUCAUCUGGAGAAUUGUCUUUCGGAAGAGGAAUCCUAACUGGCAUGGCAGCAGGGGUUGCUGAGAGCUUACUCGCAGUUACACCGACUGAGCGCAUCAAGACGGCUAUCAUUGACGACGCCAAACAUGCGCGAAGAUUCAGGAGUAGUCUCCAUGCCGUCCAGGUCCUCCUGAGGGAGAGAGGUGUUGCAGAUAUGUACCGGGGCUGCCUUGCUACUACAAUGAAGCAGUCGGCGACGUCUGCUGUUAGGAUGGGCACCUAUAAUAUCUUGAAGCAAUGGUCCCAGACGGCUGGCGUGGCGUCUAAUGCGGUCACAACAUUUGCUAUGGGUGGUGCGGCUGGAGUGGUGACUGUCUACGCCACACAACCAUUCGACACUAUCAAGACACGCUCGCAAGGAAUUGCGGGUGCAAGCAUUGGAGAGGCUUUAAAAGGUGUCAUCCAGGACUCGGGAGGUCUCUAA